GUCAAAAUAUUUUCUUUUCUGCACUGCGGUUUUUUCUUUCUAAUUUUCACGCGUAAUCCCCAUAGAACGCGUGAUAAGGCGCGUGAAAAUAGCUCUCCGACGAUCCCUGGAUUUCGGGGGUGUUGGUGGAUAGUGUGAUUUGAGGAUGUGAGUGGGGUGAAAGUGCGUAAUUGGGCGUGAAAGUGUGUGGGGCGCACCGUAGAAGAAACUUAGAGCACGAAAUUUGUCUAGUGAGUCUGGUGUGAAAAUCAGUGGAAAAAAGAAAUUUGGAGAGCUGUGAAGAUGAGUAGCAAUCGUGGAAAUAGCGGAAGCUUUAAUUUCGGUGGCUUCCAGAUGAAGAAGCCGCCGGCCAGGAGCACUCAGAGCAAGCAAUUCUCCCUGAACGCCGUGCCGCCGCCGAGCUCACUCAAUCACAGCGUGAGAUCAUCUACCUCAGGGGCGUCCGGCUUCGGGGCCGCGGCGAGGGGUGCUCCUGUAUCUAAACACGGGUAUUCGACAAUGGAUGCAAUCUCGCAGUUUGCGAAUACUUCGCAGUACGCUGUGGGGAAGAAACGUGCCAAAACGGAGGAUGAGUACUUCGACGAUGACGACGAGCCGCCGUUGGCGUACAUUCCGGCGCCCAACAGCCCCACACAGGCUGGGGCCGGUGCGCAGGCCGAGGAGGACGAGGACGAUGAUCCCCUGGACGCUUUCAUGGCGGGCAUCGAGCAGCAAGUGGAGCGCGAGAGUCGCAAAGUGGCUACAAAUGAGGAGGUGCAGUCCAAGAAGGGCAUCCGCGGCGACAUCGACGAUGAGGAUGACGAGGAGAGCUACUACCGCUACAUGGAGGAGAACCCGAUGGCGGGAGUGCUGGACGAUGGGUCGGACGCUGAGAUGGAGUACGACGAGGACGGGAAUCCCAUUCCGCCGCCACGCAAGAGAGACAUUGAUCCCUUGCCAUUCAUCGACCACAGUGAAAUUGACUAUGCGCCCUUCGAGAAGAACUUCUACGACGCUCACGAGGAGAUCACGGCUCUCUCGGUGGCGCAGGUGGAGAAUCUGCGCAAGGCUCUCGGGAUCAGAGUCACGGGCCUCGUGCCGCCGCAUCCCGUGGCCAGCUUUGCCCACUUCAACUUCGACGAGAACCUGAUGAAGGCCAUCCGCAAGGCGGACUACACGCAGCCCACACCGAUCCAGGCGCAGGCUAUUCCGGCGGCCCUCGGGGGACGCGAUCUGAUCGGCAUUGCGAAGACGGGCAGCGGCAAGACGGCCGCCUUCAUCUGGCCCAUGCUGGUGCACAUAAUGGAUCAGAAGGAGCUGCAACCGGGCGAUGGGCCCAUCGGGCUCAUCCUGGCGCCCACGCGAGAACUCUCGCUGCAAAUCUACAAUGAGGCCAAGCGCUUCGGGAAGGUGUACAACAUCUUCGUGGUGUGCUGCUACGGAGGCGGGUCAAAGUGGGAGCAGAGCAAGGCGCUCGAGAAAGGUGCGGAGAUUGUGGUGGCCACACCGGGUAGAAUGAUCGAUAUGGUGAAGAUCAAGGCCACAAAUCUCAGGAGAGUGUCAUUCUUGGUGCUCGAUGAGGCAGACAAGAUGUUCAAUAUGGGAUUUGAACCUCAGGUGCGCUCAAUCUGCAACCACGUGCGUCCUGAUCGGCAGACGCUCCUGUUCAGCGCCACCUUCAAGAAGCGCAUCGAGAAGCUGGCUCGCGACGUUCUCACGGAUCCGGUGCGAAUUGUGCAGGGUGAUUUGGGUGAAGCGAAUGAGGAUAUUACGCAGCACAUGCUUGUGUUCAGCAAUCCGCAGCACAAGUGGAACUGGCUGUUGGCGAAGCUGGUGCAAUUUCUCUCCGAAGGCAGCGUGCUGAUCUUCGUGACGAAGAAGGCGGACGCCGAGCAGGUGGCCAAUAAUCUGCAACUGAAGGAGUACGAUCCUGUGCUGUUGCACGGCGACAUGGACCAGGCGGACAGGAACCGCGUGAUUAUGCAGUUCAAGAAGCGCGAAGUGGACAUCAUGGUGGCGACGGAUGUGGCUGCCCGCGGUCUGGAUAUUCCGCACAUCAAGACUGUGGUGAAUUACGAUAUUGCCCGCGAUAUUGAUACGCACACGCAUAGGAUUGGGCGCACGGGGCGCGCUGGCGAGAAGGGCACGGCAUACACGCUGGUGACGGACAAGGACAAGGAGUUCGCGGGGCAUUUGGUGAGGAAUCUGGAGGGCGCGAAUCAGGAGGUCCCCAAGGAUCUCCUCAAUCUGGCCAUGCAGAGCUCGUGGUUCAGGAAGUCGCGCUUCAAGAGUGGCAAAGCGAAGGCGGUGAAUGUCGGUGGCGCCGGCUUAGGCUAUCGCGAGCGCCCCAGCAGCAGUGGAGACUCAUCGGCUGCACCGGCGAACAACCAUGGCGCCAUGAAGGCAUCCAAAGGACCGGCCACAGAUCGUCUGACGGCCAUGAGAGAGACUUUCCGCAAUCAGUACAAUUCCCAAUUCAAAGCAUCGUCAGAUCGCACAUGGGAGAAGACACUCCCGCCCCAGGGCGUUUUCGUGGCGCCAGGAGGCGGUCCAGCAUCCUCUCCAGCGGAGCCCGCGGCGCCCAAGAAGGCGAAGAAGAGCCGCUGGAAUUAAGCACCCUUUUGUCAUGCCACAUUUUCUCCAUAAUAAUGCAAUUGCUUGUCAACUGUAUUUGUGUAAGAGGACUUUUAGUGAGUGAAUAAAUUGGGAAUAAGCCCUGAAACUAUUGAAAAUUAU